AUGUUUGCUCAUUUGUGGUCUACUGGAAAGUAUUCUAGUGCUCACAUUCCACAAGCUCGUUAUUUUGAUCAACUUGAAUGUACACAACCAACAAAACUUAUACCACGAGGUGUACCUGAAAUAAAAUGUUUUGAAUCUUAUCUUUCACGUUUGGGUGUAUCAAAUAAUGAUCAUAUUGUUCUUUAUGAUCGUUCACCAAUGGGUUUUUAUGCAUCUAGUCGAGCUUGGUGGUUACUUAAAACAUAUGGAAUGAAUAGUUUAUCUAUUCUUAAUGGUGGUUUUUAUAAAUGGUUAAAAGAAAUUAAUAAAAUGGAAUCAUCUGAUAAUAAUAAUAAUCGUUCCAAAACAGAAGAAUCAGAAAAAUUUACUGUUCAUUUAAAUAAAGACUUAUUAAAAAAUUAUGAUGAUAUAUUAAAUAUUGUUUCGACAAAUAGUAAAGAACCACAAAUCGUUGAUGCACGAUCAGCAAAUCUAUUUCAUGGUUUAGUUUCUUUUUUUUGUGAUUAUAAAACCUUAUUUCAUUCUUUAUUUCUAGGUGCUAAUGCUGGACAUAUGCCUAAUGCAUUGAAUGUUCCAUAUACAGAUGUAUUUGAUCCAACAAAUCAUUGUUUUAAAUCAAACGAUGAACUUAAGAAAGUUUUUAAUAAUGCUGGAGUUGAUCUAUCAAAACCAUCAAUCUAUACUUGUCAAACAGGAACAACAGCAAGUACAUUGGCAUUUGCUGCACAUAUUCUUGGUCAAAAAUCUUUAUCAGUUUAUAAUGGUUCAUUUACCGAAUGGCAACAACGUGCACCUCAGGAAUUUAUUAUUCAUGAUCAAACAGUGAAACCUGCUGCUUAG